AGGGGACGUCAGCGUAAAAUUCCCAUCGUUUUUUCCCCCAUACGACGUCUGCUGAAAACAAGGACAUCGGUCUCCACAUAUUCGCCGUUCAUAUCACAGUCUAGUAUCAUUCGGAGACAUAUUUUUGCGCAAAAUCAAGAGAAGGGGAGCGGUAGCAUCAACCUCCGUUGCCUGUAGUUUCAGUUUCAAUCUGCGGUGCAUAGACGUGCGGCAGAGGCGUGAGAAACGGAUGCUGCGAGGGUAGCGUUGGGUACCAAAAGCACCUCUCACUGACCACGAUGGACAAUUUUUUCUCCUUCCUCCUCCUUUGCUUGACUUCGGUUGCCAAUGGCAACAAAGCCAACAAGCACAAGCCAUGGAUCGAGACCGAGUACCAGGGCAUCGUCAUGGAGAACGACAACACGGUCCUGCUCAACCCACCCCUCUUUGCCCUGGACAAAGAUGCCCCGCUGCACUAUGCAGGUGAGAUCUGUGGUUUCCGAGUGCACAAUGGGCCCUCAGGAUCCAGUUCAGUCCAGUUUGAAGCGGUGGUGCUGGACCGCUCCACAGGGGAGGGUCUGGUCCGGUCCAAGGAGCCCCUGGACUGUGAGAGCCAGAGGGAACACAGCUUCACCAUCCAGGCCUACGACUGUGGAGAGGGACCCGAUGGAGUCAACAGCAAGAAGUCCCACAAGGCCACGGUGCAUGUGCGCGUGAACGACGUCAACGAAUUCUCCCCCGUGUUUGUGGAGCGUCGCUAUGAAGCGUCUGUCCCAGAAGGCCGUCUGUUUGACCGCAUCGUGCGCGUGGAGGCCCUGGAUGCAGACUGUUCCCCCCAGUACAGCCAGAUAUGCUUCUAUGACAUCAUCACCCCCAAUAUACCCUUUGCCAUCGACAAUGAUGGUAACAUUAAGAACACGGAGCCGUUGGACUCCAAGCACCAGCGCAUUCACACCUUCUGGGUGACCGCUUUUGACUGUGGAAAGAACCGCGCUCAGGUCGACGCCCAGGUCGUCGUCGCGGUCAAACCAUCCUGCAAACCUGGCUGGAUCGGAUGGUCCAAGAGGGUGGAGUACUCCCCCGGCUCUGGAAGCAUUCCCCUGUUCCCCUCCCUGCACCUGGAGACCUGCGAGGAGACGGUGUGGAACAUCCAGGCCACCGUAGAUCUCCAGACCGGACACAUCGGGAAGGGCUGUGACAGAGACAGCUAUUCCGACAGAUCAGUGCGGCGACUGUGUGGUGCUGUCAGGGGCGAGGUGGAACUGCUCCCGCCUCCUUCCCCAGCAGCCAAUUGGACUUCAGCCCUGCCAACUCUACCCUCUUCUGAUUCGUCGCUGGUGUUCUCCUUCAAUGGCUCCACCCACGUUGCUGUGGUACCUGACUCGGUUGCCGCGGCGGUGUCUGGCGACCACUUUACCCUCCAGCUGUGGAUGCGAAGGGGAGGGGCCAAUGCACAGCCUCCAGCCAAUCAGGGCCGAGGGAAUCGCAGGGAGGAGGAAACCAUUGUCUGUAGCACUGUGAAGAAUGACGACUCUUUCUCCCACUACUCCCUCUCCGUCCACGGCUGCCGCCUCUCCCUCUUCUACUGGCCCGACGUCUCUGCCGCCCGGCCCGUAAAGUUCCUCUGGAAGCUGGAGCAGGUGUGUGACAGUGAGUGGCAUCACCUGUCUCUCAGCGUCCAGUUCCCCUCGGUGACCCUGUAUGUAGACGGGGUGACCUUCGACCCCGCCCUCAUCCACGACAACGGUGCCAUCCCCAACCCUGCCCCCCAUCAGCGAAUGGUUAUCGGCGCUUGCUGGGAGCCAGAAGAGAAACAGAAGGACAUCAUUAACAACACGAUCCCCGAGAGCAAAGACACCGGGAAGUAUGUGGGUGGAUAUCGAGGCCUGUUGUCAGGGGUGACGGUGAGACCAGGAAGUGUCGAGCCCCACAGUGUGGUGGAGUGUCUUUACGCCUGCAGGGAGGGGCUGGACUUUGGAGAUCUUGAAACUCUGGGCUCAGGCAUGAAGGUACAUGUGAACCCCAGUCAGUCAGUGCUGGUGCUGGAGGGAGACGACAUUGAGAGCUUUAACCGCGCCGUGCAGCAGGUGACCUACAGGAACUCUUUACGGUUUGCCACCCCUGGAAUCAGGCCCCUGAAACUCACCACCUCCCUCAGGUGUUUCAACGAGGAGAGCUGCUUGUCCCUGAAGCAGCUGGAAGGUUACCUGGUGGUCCUCCAGCCCGACGCCCCUCAGAUCUCCCUCUCGGGCGUCGGCCCCCACCUGGCCCGCCCGGCGCCCGAGUUCGAGGGUCCUCGUGGCGUCCCUCUGUUCCCCGAGCUGAGGAUCGUCUGCUCCCUGUCCCACGCUGUCAACACAGCUGCACAGGGCAUGGAGGGUGGAGCUCUGAUGUCUGAUGCUGUGGCCCACACUCUCGACGGCUGUGAGGUCCAGCCCCUGGGGGAGGAGCUUAACCCGGAAAGGGAGGAGCUUCGUGACUUGGAUGCUCUGAGAGAGAGAGGUCUAGAGAUCAUCAACACCACCGCCUACAUUGCCAUCACAGGAGCCGAGUCCAUCUCCGUGUACGAGGACGUCCUGCGCUCCGUGCGUUACCGGCUCGCCAAAGGCUCCGCCCGGUUUGAGAGGCGCUUCCGGCUCUCCUGCUCGGAGAUGAACGGACGAUACACCAGCAACGAGCUCACACUGGAGGUAAACUUCCUGCAUUCUCUGGACAGCCUGUACCACCCGUCCCACCUGCUGGCCUCUCAGCAGCAGUUCCUCCACCCGUCUCACCACUCCGGAGAGCUUAGCGGACACACCCUGCCCAGCCCCCACCGCAACUCAGUGGUGCCUGGCGCGGCCACAGUCAUCAUCAUGGUCUGCGUUGGCUUCCUGGUUGUCAUGGUGAUCCUGGGUGUGUUCAGGAUCCGCUCCAUACAUCGCCGUGGCGAGGGCGCCAGGGGUGGGGCUAAAGAGGGCAGUGGCCAAUGGGAUGACUCUGCCCUCACCAUCAUUGUCAACCCUAUGGAGUCCUACGAGUCUCGUAUGGGCAUCUCAGCUGACGCUGACGCUGAGGGAGAGGAGGAGGAGGAGGUAGCAGAGUCCCCCGACGACGCGAGCGACGACCAGCGAAUCAUCAUCAAGAAGGAGGGGAGGGACGGUAACCCCCGCCGCUACUGAGCCCCUUUCGCCCGUUACCGCGGGAACCUCAAACGGGGGGGCUCUCCGCACACGCUCACGGCGUGUCGAACAUCAACAACUGCUGACACCUCUAGUCUAUGGAAUGUACGCUUACAAAACACAAUGCACAAUACAUACAGGGAUACUCCUGAGUCUUCCCGUGACCCAUCACUACACAAGACCAUCUGUCAGCUGUUAGCCAAUGACAACACAGGCAUACGUUAUCCACGUAAAUGUUCUAUGGCACAAUGUAUACAGUAUAAACUUAUUGCCUGACUAAAACCACCCACAAAAAUCGUACGUGGUUCACCAAUUCUCCAUAAUAAGGUAUCAUACGUCGAUAUAAUUAAAAUUGUUAAAUUGCAGGUUGGAAGAACACUUGUUUUGAAGCGAGAUUGUAUAUUGUGAACUACCUGUGUCACUCAUCAAAGGCUUACACCACACACGUUAAUAUUCAAGCAAUGUGAUUAACAUGAUAUUGGCCUUGUAUAGGUCUUUAGGUAAAGACACACAAACCACGAUCCUAUCUCAUCUCCACACAUCUCUAAACUAUACUAUAUAGUUGUCUUUUCGCUGCACAAUCUCUCUCCUUCCUUUUUCUCUCUACACAUUCCUUGACUACAGAGAAACACCAUCCCAGAGGGUAGAUGGUAGGGCUGCGCCCAGCCGGUCAUGUGACUCAUGACAAGGUUGAUUUUACCUCGCAGAGUCUCGCUCUGGUGACUGUGUCCUUGUUGCAAAAUCUAUAGACAGCCUACGGAAAACCACUGAUGGUCGUUCAUAAUUAGAAUGCUCUGCACUAAAUUACCCCCAAAAAUUUUUCAUUAGUCCAGGUACCUUUAACUUGUUAUUUAAUGACGUUGUAUCUCGCUAGAUACUUUUGUGCGUGCUGUCUGUAUGUUUUACCUCACUAUUGCAGCUUGCUUCGAUGUGCUCAGCUUUGCAGUGACGUUGGAUAGAUUUGAGAAUUUGCUUGCACAGCACUUAGAAAUUGAAGCCAGCUUUCAUUUUGGCAUACAAACCCUGGAUGCAAUUCUACGGGGAAGAAAGCAAAGCCUUCUCAUUCUGAGCGUGUCUAAAUUGUCCCUAUAUCGGCCGGAAGACCACAGAAGAAUCACCUCUAGUCGCUCAAUGUACCUCUGACCCCUCUAUGACACCUGUAAUCAGAUUGAUCCUCGUGACAUCGUCCCACUCUUUGCACACUGCUAUUGUAACUUCAGGACACACAAACACAGAUAUGUAUACACACACACACACACUACCCCUGCUGUAUCCAGAAUGUCAGCUCAGCUAGGGCAGUUUGACUGUAUUGAUUGUAUUGAACUUUAUGUACAUACAAUUACUUGUUAUUAUUACUAUUAUUGCAGUUCCACGUGGCUCUUUGUAUGUACUUGUAAAGAGGGGCAGCAUAAACACUUGGUUAUUUAUUAGUACCAUUGGUAUAGUUUUCCAUCUGAACUGUCACAUAUUUCUAAGAUUGUCAAAUCUGAAAACAGAAUAAUGAUAAUAGUAGUAGUAGUAAUAAGGACGAUGAUUCCUGGCUUGAUGAGUGUCAAUUAAUUUGUGUGUUAUAUUGUUGUAAUUAAAAAAAAAAACUUCACAUAAAUGGAGGGUGCAUUGUUGUGAUAAAGCUACUCGGUCGUCUCUGUCUUU